GGAGAUUCGGGGCUCGGCGGGAGGUGUGCAUGAUUGUUGAAGCCUGAUGGCAUUUGAAUGCGUGUUGCGAAAAAGUUUUGGAGCGAUGUGGGGCGCGGAGAAUGGUUGGAGAGGGCGCAGGACAGACAGGCAUGGCGAGAGUUGUCGGAUGUUCUUGUUGAAUGGUGCACCGCGUCAUAAGUUUGCUUCCUUUGGUAUCGAAGAGACUUUGUUGCUUGUGUCGUGGCGCCUUGUUUCUCACGUCGUGCUCGCACGUGUUAGAUGAGAACCGGCGCGCUGCAAAUCAUUUCACCGUUUCACCGUCCCGCCCCGCGUGUGCCUUUUCAGCUUGGACUUCUCGUUCCCUUUCCCGUUCCUCCUCCUCCUCCUCCUCCUCCGUUGGUUUGCGCUGGAGGUGAUGAGCGGCGUGGAAACCAAGAACCCGGGGCACUUUACCAGGGGGAUCCGGGAGAAGACCACCGACACGCGCGGCUUCGACACCGACAGGUUCAUCUUCAAGGACGACGAGCUCAGCUACUGCCUCGGCAAGCAGGGCACCACGCGCAAGAAGCUCGAACGAGCAUCCGGUGCGAUCCUGGAGUACGUGGGACACGCGGCCUUCAUCGCCGGCACGCUGAAGGAGCGCAGGCGCUGCAGGGAGUUCGUCAACUGGCUCCUGGCACAGCGCAAGGGGAGCGUCUGCAUCCGCGACGUGGCCGAUCGCGACGACGCCACGGAGAUCCACAUCCCCGAGAAUUGCAAGGGCUGGGUCACGGGCAACCGCGGCAGCGAGCUCCGGCGGAUGGAGGAGGAGACCCUCACGUACAUGUUCAUGGCGGUGGACGAGAAAGGGGAUGAGCGCCUCAUCAUAUUCUGUCACGACCCAGGCACAAAGACUGGGUCCACAGGACGCAUGGCGGCGGAACGCCUCGUGAACGAGCUGAUCCAGGAGAAGCUGCGCGACGACGACGGCGGCCGCGGGCGCUCCGACAGCCGCCGCCGCUCCCCGUCCCGGCGCAAGGAUUCGAGCCCCCGAAUGGGGGGGCCGGCGGGCUCGCGGAGGCGCUCGCGCUCCAGGUCCCGCCGUUGAGCGGGGCCCGCCGAGAGGGGCGCCCGAGCGGCCCCGUUGGGCCAGCAGGGCCACGCUCCCCCCGCAGGAGCCUGCGGGCGCCGCGGGGUGCGAGGGGGAACUUGGGUAAGAAGGGAAGGGUAUGGGUCUCGGAUUGGCACCGUUUUUUGGAUGCCUUGCUUGGAUCGGCCGUAACAGGCCGUCGGUCCGGGCAGCCAAAUCAACAGUGAUAGUCUAGAUUCGGUUUCCUUCUCCUCCCCCUCCUCCUCCCCUCCAAUUUUUCCU